AUGUCAAUCAAGGGCUUUCUGCGAAGUCUCAAGAUCAAGGAUGAAGGGGGCCCAGUACCUAAUAGAUGGAUUAACAACGACAUCAAGCCCAUCGAGGCAGAACGCCGAACCUGGGGCUUUUGGACCUUUCACAACUUCUGGGUACUUGUCAACUCGAACAUCUCAUCAUAUAUGACUGGAAGCUCUCUCAUCGCCUUAGGAUUAACAUGGUGGCAAGCUAUCAUCUCGAUUGUUAUUGGACAGCUGAUAGCAACCGCGCUCGUCGUGUUAAAUUCCCUGCCCGGAGCCUAUUAUCAUUUGGGGUUCCCUGUUGUAAAUCGCUAUGUCUGGGUUUGGUACGGCUUUCAAGCCUGGAUAGGUGGCGAGUGUGUCUACGUCUGCCUCCAAGCAAUAUGGCCUGAUCUCGAGUCUCGUAUUCCAAACCACCUCUCCGCCUCUACAGGUACCACCACCGCCAAUUUCCUCGGCUACGUAAUAUUCAUGCUCAUCUCAUUACCAUUCAUCUACAUCCGACCUCACAAACUUAAACCUCUUUUCUACGGCUCCUCAGCCACAAUCCUAAUCUUCGAACUAGUCCUUCUAAUCUGGUCCCUUGCAACGAUGGGCAGUGGCGGCUUUGGCUCGACAAUCUCAGGCUCAACGCAGCCGGGUACUGAACAAGCAUCCGGGUGGAUCAUCGCAUUCGGAAUAAUCAGCACAAUCGGCUCAAUUGCCGCGGGCAUUCUCAAUCAAAACGAUUAUGCGCGAUUUGCUCGCAGACCGAAGGAUGCGGUUUGGGGACAGUUGAUUAGUUUCCCCUUUUACGCGAUUAUCUGCUCUGUUAUUGGGAUUCUGGUCACGGCCGCGACGCAGGAGCGGUACGGCGGUGCGAUGUGGAAUUUACCUACGCUGCUUAGUGCGGUUAUUGAGAAUGGUGGAUCGAGAUCGAGGGCUGCGGCUUUCUUUGGUGGUGCUGCUUUGGUGAUUUCGCAGAUUGGCGUUAAUGUGCCCGGGAAUUCUUUGGCUGGAGGAUUCGAUAUGGCGGCUACUUUCCCGCAGUAUAUCAACAUUCGCCGAGGCGCAUAUCUGACCGCGCUUCUUUCCAUCGCGUGCAACCCGUGGAAACUCGUGAACACGGCAACAACCUUUCUAGCGGUAUUGAGUAGCUACUCAGUAUUUCUAGGACCGAUGGCCGGACUCAUGAUCUCGUCCUAUUUCGUCAUCAAUAAGCGGAAAAUCAAAGUCGAUGAUUUAUUUGUCGGGGACUCUUCCAGUAUCUACUGGUAUACAUGUGGUCUGGACUGGCGUGCCGCCGUCGCAUGGACGUGUGGCACAGUCCCCUCGCUACCUGGCUUCGUCGCAUACGUGAAUCCCGGAGUCUCUGUCCCUACUGGUCUGACGCAUUUGUACUAUAUUUGCUUUUUAUCCGGUCUCGUCAUUAGUGCCGCUGUAUACUGCACGUUGCACUGGCUCUUCCCCGCCGCUGCUGUUCGAGACUUUGUGGCGACAGCGCCACCUGCUGCGGUUUUGAUGCGGGAGUUUCGGGAACGCUGGGAUGGGGUGGAGACGGAGAGUGAUCAGAAAGCUUGA